UUGAGUUAAAUAUUGAAUUGUUGAUGUUAGAACGUUUUGUUUAUCUUGGAUGUGGUGACAAUUUCAUUUAAUUCGAGAUGGGAGAUCGAGAGAAGUUGAAGACCGGUGGUCUUGGGGCGAACAAGAUGGAAGAAAGGGAGUUGAAAAAGUACAUGUACCGGAUUCAGAAACAAUCUGAUGACAUAGUCAGUAAUCUUGAAUAUUCCCAGGAAUUAACUGCAAAGAAUUUUUACCAACGUCUUAUCAAAAGCGCUGAAAUUGCAAAACGACAUGAAAAUAUGACUUUAAACUUCAAGUCUGAAAAAAUAAAGCUGGAGCAAAAUCAUUGUUAUUUUCGCGCUGGAAAAUUAGACAUACAAACCCGACAAGUGCUACUUGAAAAUAGAGCAAAGAAAGCAAAUACAAAUUUAGAACAAGCUGAAAGUGAGGGUUGGAGUUACAAUCCCCAUCUCGUUGCCAAGGUUACAGAGAGGGCCAAGCGGGCUGAUGAAGGAUCUGAGAGUGGAUCUGAGAGGUCAGCGCCAUGCGAGCCUCCAGCCACCAAGCUGAAGGAGCUAAACAAAAACUUCCGUAUCCCUUACAAAAUGGAGUACUCGUUCCGAAAGGGGGAAAUCAUUCGGCCGUCGACGGUAAUAAGCAUGAAAUGUUACAUGUGGAGGAGAGUUUCAGAUUUUUUCGUAGCGGGAAGGGAGAGAGCUUGGAGCGCUCCACCGUGGUUGGCGAGUUUACAUCCGCCCCCGCAUGUGACAAGAGCUCACGAGCGCGCGCUGCAGGUCGUGGGGAUAAGAAAAAGCAUGAUCGAGCCACCCUCACGACAGCCCCUCAUUGAUGUAGGCGGGGUGCAAAAUUGGCGGGAGAAGGAGAACAAACUCGCUCGCGUCGCGGUAAAAGAAUUUGUAGCGACUUUGAAACCUUUCGAGUUGAAACCAGGCCCCUCUCAAGUAAUAUUAGACAGCAGAGAGCUGUAUGGAAUGUCAGCGAAGCACUCUGAGCCAUUAUCACGACACAACAAUGGGCACUCGAUUUCUGCACCAGCUGGUUUAUAAUGGAGCAGUUUUUAAAACGGUUUUCCCGAGUACACUACUGUAGAGAUUACCGCUGACCACUCUCGUUCCCAGGACUAUGGGACGUGUGGAGACGACUUCAACAUCUUUGUCAAUAAAUUGAGUUGUCAUCGAGGAGUAUUUAUCUUCAACUACUGCGUGUCAAUGGAUUGAAUACAUUUUGUACGGGAUGAACUAAUUGAGACGGAAAAGCUUUUGAAAGAGCUUAGUGACCUGCUAUAAAGCAUUUCUUAAUAAAGAAAAUUCAGAACAUUUUUAUCAGAACGUUCAGCCUUUAAAACAUUCCCCAGUCACAGCUGACAAAACGUUACAGUAUUAUAUAAAACUAAGCGCAUUGAGAUUUUCGCGUCAAUGUACAAAGGGACGUUGUCUGGGAGCGAGAUUAGAGGGUAGAGGACCGAAAAUUUUGGAAAAAACCGCAGGAUCACAAAUUGCAGCCUCCCGUAUCCCAUUAGAUUAGAGGCCCAAAAAAAACACUCCCUUCCAUGGAGCAGCAACCAUUGUUUUUUAAAGCAUUAUUUUAAUUUAAUAACAUAAUAACUAAAAUACAAUAGUAAAAUAAAAUAUGAGAUCAUCGUUGUAAAGAGAUGAGCUCGUUCGGGAUUGUUUUAUGUUUUCGUUUACUUAAUACCGAUUUGAAAUGUUUAGAAAUAACAGACAAUUGAUUUUUUGCUUACACAUAGCGCAGUUUUCAAAUAAGAAAAAAAAAAAGGAUACAAGACCCUGGAUUCGCUUUGCGCUUCACUGCCGAUUGCUUAGCAUGAUUCGUUUGAUUCGGCAGUAAAUGAUUCGCCCCACCAGGCCGGUGAGUAGGCUUGAACUGUUAACAAGCAGUCGAAGGAGUCGUCGCCCAAUAUCUUACGCGUCUUAAGGUAAGAGACGCGAAUCCAAAUUAAUAGUAAUAAUUAUUUUCCUCGCUUGCAUGCUCACCAGAGCAGCAAAAUAACCUUUAGACGCUGUGGUCACCCGUGAGAGCGUAUAAAAUAAAUGGUGCGUAAAAUCAAAGCGUUUAACGUUUUCUAUUGAGUGCGAAAUCAAUGGAGGAAACAGUCAAAAUGAAAUUGCAUAUCUUGGAUUUUAUUUCUGCAUGUCAAAGCAGAGUUUGAAAAGACCAUCUUGCGUGUUUACGUCGCGUGACACUGCUGAUGGCGUAGCGCAAUAUUGCUAAUAAUUCGGAAAAGAUUAAUAUAUCCAUAUAUUUUAUUUACUGUAAUCACAGGUAGCCCAGGCUCACGGCGAGUGUAGGUUUAUUACAGAGUUUGUAUGAGCGAACAAAUCUCGUUGAAAUAAAUAUGCUGAUUUGAAAAUAAAACAGUAGCUUGAAGUUGCUGCUACUCAAACUCAAACUACUCAAAUAGACAAUACACGCCAUGACAAAUUCUUACCAGCCGGGGUAGGGUGCUUCGCAUCAAUUUGACCAAAGCGGUGCGACGGACGAAAAACCUUUUAGGGAUUUGCUAAAAAAAAUCAUUCCAAUCCCCCAAAAAAUGAAAUGAAAAAAGAAAACAUGUUAUCUUAUUGUAAGAUAAACGGUACCGUGGAUGUCCGUUGUACAAACAAUGAAAGAAAAAUAAACAAACAAAUGAAUAAAUAGAUAAAUGAUAGAUAGACAGAUUUUAUUUCGGCAUUUUCUAUAAGUUGGGGUGGUAAUAAGGUUGGGAGGGACGUCGGUAAAGACUCAGAGAUACAAGGCAUAGCAAGGUCAAACUGAUGCGAAGCAGCCUACCCCGGCUGGUAUAAUUUGGCAUGCCGUGUAUUGUCUUUUUCUCCACGAACGGCCCAUCGAGCGUCGCUAUCACGAAUAUUUUCAAAUUCAAAAGAAAGAUUCUCGCCGCUCAAACGGCAAAACCGGGA